AUGGUCUCGGAGAUGAGCUCGGAUGAAUUCGAGAUGGUUGAUUCUGCCGACAUUUCUAAGCAAAUGCUUGCGGAUGAAAAGCCAGACCUCGCGUCGAUUAAGGCAUGGUUGAAUCCUACAGACUAUUUAGCUUCAUCCAGCGAGUUCAAUCGCCAUUUCUCAUCCAAAUCCCCUGAAACAGACGAAUGGAUUAGAAAGACCUCACAAUUUAAUCGAUGGCAUUCAUCUGUUGAUCAUGGGUCUAUCUGGAUUGAGGCAGUGCCGGGUGCGGGGAAGAGUGUCCUUGCAGCCUAGAGGAGGAACUCGUGAAACGAGACAUAUCGGUAUUUGUUCAACAGCGCGUGAUGGAGUUCGAAAUGGAUGGAAUUGAUGAGAGUAUGCAAAUUUUCAUCGAGAAGACUGUUUGCGAGCGCUCACAAGGCCUUUUCUUGUACGCUCGCCUCAUGCUUGAUGAAAUUGGGCAUUCAACCAAAGAAAAAAACUACAAGGAGGCUUCAAUACGAGAAAUGAUUACCGAUUGCCCGCAGGCCUUGAGGAGAUGUGUAUAAUAGGCUGCAUUUGAAUCAUGCAUCACUUACAAACAUCCAUCAAGGUAUUCAAGUCAUUAUUCUACAACUGGUUACUCAAUCGGCACGACCCAUGCGCCUUAUCGAAAUUGGCAAAGCUAUUGAAGACAAUCCCCACGUCAUAAGAAGUGGCAAAGACAGCAAAGAUAUUGUCAGGUCUAGUUGUGGUCCAGUUUUAGAAAUCAUGGAAGAUGGAGUUGUUCAAAUUUUGCACCAUUCUUUCACAGAAUUUCUUUUGGGCGUUGGCCGCACUACAUCUACCACGUCAGACUUCCCCCAAUUUCCUUUCAUCGAUCCUAAAAAUGCUCAUCGAGAGAUCGCUAUUACUUGUAUCAGCCAGCUUCAAGGAGUUGCAUUUUCUGCAGACUCCAUGUUAGAUGAUACAGAUUAUGGUGGAAGUACAUAGAAUAGAGUCUGAUUGAUUGAUUGAAAAAGGAGGGUAGGGUAACUAACAACAGUUGGAAGUGAAGUAUUUGCAGAUAACAUUUAACACGUUUGUAGUUGGGAGCCCCAAGACCUGUAGCGGGUCGUUCCAUGCAACAAGAGUUUGACUUUUGUCAAUUAUUCAUCCAGUACCCACUUUUGGAGUAUGCUGCGACGGAAUGGACUUAUCAUGCCAAGAGACAUGAAUAUGAAGAUCCAAGUUUCUACGAGAAACUGGAAGAAUUUUGUAAUCAUGAAAACCGGGCAUUCAAAGCUUGGUGCACAUUGGUCGGCAAAUCGAGAUAUUCUACCGGUAUGAAUGAUUUUUGGCGACAUUCCGAUUCAUCUAUGGCAUCAGAAAAAGUGUCCCAACUUCACAUAGCUUCUGGUUUCGGGCUGGUCUGCUGGACACAAAGAUUACUAGAAAAAAGUGCGGAUCUCGACAUCCUCGACGGCCCAGAGAAUACAGCUUUUUUUGGGCUGCUAAAGGCGGUCACGUCGAAGUUAUUAAAAAUUAUUAGAUGUUGGUGCGGCGCCAAAUAUUGAUGGAUAUGAUGGGUUGAAGCCGCUUCAUGUUGCAGCUUCGAACAACCAUGCAGGAGUGGUUAAGCUCCUGCUUAGAGCUGGUACGUUAAUCCCCAUGAUUGCACGCCAUCAAUGUGAUUCAAUGAAAAGCUUGGAUAUUUUAAAUCAUUUUUGGAUGAGCAACUCCAUCAUGAACACCAAUUCACAUUCCAAUGUUUAGAGCUCGUAACUGACCUCCCGCAGGCGUCUCCCCUCUCACACCUAAAACGAAGGACGUCAAUAUGGGCAGAAGUUGUAAGAAAUUACGAUAAAAUGUUGCUAAUCAUCCAUUGAUGUUCGCUAGUGAUUCUGGAAAUUUAGAAACAGUGAUAGAGAUGAUACCAUACUGCGAGACGAAAGAUCUUGAACGCUCUCUCUUGCAAUCAGCUUAUCAUGGACAUCAUGCUCUAGUAUCUAGUCUUCUGGAAAGGAAGGAUGUUUCUCCCAAUGCAAAAGCACCCUUAGGGAAUGGCGACAUGAGCAAAAUAGGAGGACAAACUGCACUCAUGGUAGCGACAAGUUCCCUUGAACUAAGAUCUGUAAAGGUAUUACUUGAAAAUGGGGCGAUUGCGAGUCUGACAGGUACAUCUAAGAAGGAUGUUCCAGCUCCUCCAACCAAACGUCGCGUUAAUCUAUUCAAGUUGGAAGGCAGAACCCCGCUCCACAAUCUCGCUAUUGCUGCGGCAAGAGAAGAAGAUCAAGCUGCUGCGAAGGAAAUCUUGGAUAUGCUCCUAUUAGCGGGCGCGGAUUUUGAGGCCCGAGAUGAUAAUGGCGACACUCCUCUCCUACUCGCAGUGGUGACUGUCCCACUUGCAGCGGUGUAUGGUAGUAGCAAAUUUUGUCAAAACUCCAUGGAACUUUUGCUCUCGGCUAGUGCUAAUCCAGUAAGGACCAUUUUUUCUUGUACUCCUGCAUUUUGAUCUUCUAUUUCAAUGUAUAAUAUCUAAUUUUCGAGCACAUCUCGAACUUUGAUCAUCUGCGCCAAAUCAAUUACUGACUAUAUCCAUCAUAGUGUGCUAUGAGCUCCAGCGGUGAAACGUUACUCCGCCGGGCUUGUGGAGCUUUGUCAUCGACUAAAAUUGCCAAAAAAAAAUUUAGCCUUCGGAGCAAAUCCUAAUCAAGCUCGAAUUUCAAGUAGGUUAACGCCUUUACAUUGGUACGUCGAAGUGGUUCUUCUUCUCCUUUUGCCCUUGAUGCAAUACGUGCUUUGAUCUUCGAUUACCCUCUGAUUAUUCAUGCAUAAUCUUAACAAUGCGAGCUUUUAUUCCAUAGUUUCGUCCCGCAUUUGUCAUUCGAUCACUUGCUUUUGUGAUUCGGAGAUUUAUGAAUGAAGAUAUUCCUUAGAGAGCCCCUGCAGUGUUUGAUUUGAGGCUGAUAUUUCACUUAGUGCAACGGAUAAUUAUAACAUGCACAAACCAAUCGAGCAUAUCGAAUUACUUGUCAGCCAUGGCGCUGAUAUUAACACUCAAGAUACCAAAGGAAAUACUCCACUACAUCGUGCUGGUAGAUCUCGCUCAAUAGGGAUAGAUAGGCGGAUUACUGCCCUUUUGAGUUUUUAGGCUAAUCUCAAUACCCGAAACAAGCUUGGCGAGACUUGUUUACACGACACAAAUCAAGAUAUUGAUGUGAUCAAGUCCAUAAUCGACGCCGGGAUAGAUUUAGAGAUACGUGACAUGGGAGGCAUGACAGCCUUGCUUAGAGCCGUUACUAAAAUAACGGGUACGAAUGUGAAAACGAUAGAAACGCUUUUAAAGCAUUCGAGAAAGGCUUCUAUCUCUGCCCGAGCAUGGCCGCAAGGAAAAACAGCAUUGCAUUUAGCUUGUCACAAAAAGAACUCUGUCGAGAUUCUCGAAUUACUCAUGAAAUAUGGCGCUGACCUCACUUUGACAGACAGUAUGAAUGGCAAUAGUCUGUUACGCGAAGUCGCAGGAUUGUUCGACGGAGGUUCUGGAAAUGUCGCUCUGAUUGAGUAUCGGCAACAAACCGCUGUUCACAUCAUGGGACCAGUCAAAAGCUACAGUGGGUCAUCGAGAAAUAUAACCAACAGAGGGACUUUCAUCUCUAUCAUUCUUCGGCUCUGGCCCGACUUUGAUGUUAAUAUGAAAGACAUAGAAGGUUACACGCCCUUUCAUUAUGCAUGUGCUACCUCUGAAUCAUCGGCUUUUGUUUUGGUAAAGGCCGGCGCAGACUUAGACGUUAAAACUUUCAAUGGGCACACUCCUCUUCAUUGCGCUGCUCGCAGACGUCAAUGUGGUAUUAUAUCAAUGCUACUCAGCCAGGCUCAAAAUUCAGGUUCGACAAUUGACCUUAAUGCUCGAGAUUCCAAGGGAAUGACACCUCUUCAUUAUGCCUGCAUAUCAGGCAGGUCCGAAUCUGUCAGUAUCCUAAUUUCAGCUGGUGCUCAUAUCGAGAAGAAAAGCAAGAAAGGUGCCACUCCAUGAGUCGCAUGUGGUAAAUACCCCGAGGGAAAGAAAAUCUGGGAAUUGUUACAGAAAAACAGUUCUAUUGAGCUCAAUAUACGCGAUCCCUUUAGAGUUCCCUCGAGCCUCUCUUGGUACAAUAUGCGGCCUCUCCGGGAUGAGAUAACACAGCAUAACACAUGUCGUAUUGGGAUCAUUGCAAAGAUAUUACUAAAUGCUGGAGCCAGUACUGAAAGUGCAUUGUCUUUAGCACUCAAUGCAAAAUGUAUCGAACUGAUACAUGCCAUAAGGGAAAAGGAAUCUACGAAAAGCAAGACAUUUGCCGAAAUUCAACUUAUGGCGCCAAUAGAAAAUGUUGCAAAAGCGCUGGAUGAAUGCAUGGACACAGAUAUUAAUCUCAUGUAACAGAUCCCAGAAUUAGAUGAGAUUACAAUGGAUCACAUGGUAGCGAGAGGCUUUGAUUUCACAAAGGAGGUUAUAUAUAAUUACGUUUGCUUAGGGCCUCCAAUUGUUAGACUCGCAUACUAUGGAAUGACCGAAGUUAUGAACAAGAUACUCUCCAGCGUAUGUCCAUUCUUUUCGUUGCUUACGUCUUUACACUCCCUACCCCUAAAUCGGUCACUAACGCUGUUCCCUUUCGUUUAAUUAUUCACCGACUUCGGUUAUUCCUUCAAGUAGAGAAAAAAUCUCGAGUUCUGAGGUUCUCCAUAGCCCAUUUUCCGAUUUCGUUCUACACUUAUUACUUCAAAAAACUAUUAUUUUCAUUCCCUCGCCUAUCCUUGGUUUCCCCCAAAGCCUACUCAUCGUAUCCUCAAGUCGGAAGUGAAUUAAAAUGUCUCAAUUGAAAUACUAAUAAACUUUAAAGGCAAAACUAUUCGAUGAUCCCAAAUUUACCGGCGCGAUUGCAGAUAGCCGGCCAUUUAAAUUUGAUGGAUGGAGAGGCAUUCGACCACUUCUACAAGUGGCCUGUCAGCGGCCGAUCUGGAAUAUGGAUAUGGUCAAACUCUUAGUUGAAGAAGGACAUGUGGAUGUGAAUGCUCAUCAGGUAAUUGAGGAGAGUAAGAAUGGUACAAAGACUGAAAAUGAAGUCCAAGGAACUGCAGCUCUUCAUAUAUUGGCAGAGGGGAAUUUUUGGUGGCAGAUAGAGGCUAUUAGAUACUUGGGUGAACAUGGUAUGUUUCGUUUACUUGCAUUCAUCUGGCACCUUUGGAUGCUGAAUAUUAUGGUUUCAAUAUCCUGGCAUGCCACGGUGUGCUAAUGUGAAAGCAUUGGAUUUGGUACCUACAGUCGUUCUCAUCACAAGCAUCAGCUAAAACUGAAAGGAAGGAAAACUUGCAGUAAAAUGCUAAUGUGACCUCAGGUGCCGAAGUAGAUAUUUUGGACGAGAAUGGUCGGACUUCUUUAGAAAUUGCCAGUACAUACAGUGAACACGGUUCAAAAAUCGGAAGGAAAUUUUUCCGACCUCAAUGCUGUGAGGCUCUACUAAAAUUGGGAGCUAACCCUAAUAAAACCAAUCGAGAAGGCCUCACAGCUCUCAACAAGGCCCGUUCUGACAAAGAUACCGUACAAAUUCUUCUCAAAUAUGGCGCAGAUGUCAAUACGGGAACGAAAAGUGUAUUCGCAACAGCAAUUGAAAGCGGAGAUAUAGAAAUGCUUCAGCUUUAUCUCCAAAACGGAGCUGAUCCUAAUGGUCCAGAUCAUUCGACAGAUUCUAGUUUCCGAGCUCAACAUGAGACGGUUAAUGUAGCCAGAGAAUAUCCCAUUGUAAUGGCAGCGCUACUAAACGAUUAUAAGGACUAUUCUGCAUCCACAACGGCAGAGAUGGUAAAUUUACUACUAGAUCAUGGUGCCAGAGUCGAUUUACCCAUUGACCAGCAGCGAACUGUCUUGCACUACCUAUUCGCAAAUGCAACAUCGGCAUCGCUUCGUCCUUUCUUCGAAAUAUCAGGAAUCUAUAUGAACAGUAAGGAUCAGUCCGGCCGGACUGUACUCCUAUCCGCCCUUUUGAAUCCCAAUUCAAGAGAAAUGGAGGUACAUCCUGUACGAUCUGGCCGCCAUCAAGUCAAAUCAGGAUACGUGAGCCCCUACGUACACCUUAUUAAAUCAAGAACUCACGGCCCAUCGCUCGACUAUCUGGCAGUGGAUAAUGAAGGACGCCACAUAAUAUUCUACUUGCUCCCAAAUGGACCACCGGAACCGCGUCCUUAUUCCUCCCCAUCCCCGGUGUCGCUCUCUCAUCGCCCAAAAGGAUAAUGAGGUUAUUCUCCUCUCCAACGUGCUUUAUCUUCUCGCGGAUUUUCUUCAUUCAUAUCCCUCAAUGAAUUUAUUGAUAUUUUCUUAAACGAAGGAGGUGCCGAUCCUCUGGAGCCUGAUCCCAAAUCUGAUACGGCAUUACAUCAUCUAUCACGCAAACUCCCCUCUAUGCCGCCGGAUCGUCAUCUCCCAUCUAUGAACCGAUUUAUCGCUUUAGGUGGUUCCAUAAAUGCACGAAAUGAUAUGGGCAUGACACCGUUACUAGCAUAUCUUCAGGUCCGGGGAGAUCAGUCUAACCUUCCAUGGUUUAAAGAGCAUGGUGCAGAUUUCAAGAUCAAGAACAAUGAAGGAGAAGGAGCGCUACAUAUUGUUGCCAAGAGAAAAGCUGGCAAGUCACAACUCUUAAUCUAGAGAAGAGCGGAUGGGGAAGAAGAUUCCACUGCCCAAUUAUUUGAGGUGUUGGCUAAGGAGUACGGUUGCGAGGUUUUGGAUGAAGAUGAGAAGGGGAGGACGGCGUUGGACAUCGCGGCUGCAGUCGGCAAUAAGCAGAUUUUAGAGCUGCUUCAGAGGAAAAGAUAAGGCAUUCAGAUCUCAGUACCGCACUCGUGCUUAAACAUUUAUCUUUAAUCGUUCGAUUCUCGACCUAGACCCUUCGUGUAUCUCUCGAAUUGUCUAAACAAGUUGCUAACCUCAAAUGGAUUGUCAUUGAACAUUAAGCCAUGCUUUGGAUAUAAAACGUGAUGCCUUUGAGAAAC